GGGACAGAUUAUAUACCUUAACAGUACCCUUGUUCUUUUGAUUAAGUCAUUUAAGGCUUAUAAGGAUGUUGCUUGCCGUUCUUAACCGGAUUUCUUAAACCUUUGGUGUGUGGUCAACACUCAAGACUUUUGUUGCUGUGUGUGUAUAUAUAUACACAUCCAAGUUGAGUUAGUAAAAGAAUAAAGCUCUAAGUCAUUUGUUGUUUUUUUUUUUUUGGAAGAACACUUGUUGGUGAAUCAAUUUGGUAAAGAGAAACAGAAUAACGACGUCGUGAAAAAUGGCUCGGAGAAGAGGAGGCACUAUGCAGCUCUAUCUAUUGUUUCUGAUUCUUGUAAUUUUCACUCUUCUUGUUUCCUUUGGUCAAGCUACGGGUGAUAAAGCAGGCUCGGAAGGCGGUGAUAAAUCUCCUUCAGGUCCACGUCGUGCCAAGUAAUUUGCAGACCGUUCAGAACAUUGAGAAAUCAAGUAUUAAUCAAUGUAUUUCUUCAUUAGUUUUUACUGCAUUUGCUGCAAAAAAGUAUUCUCCACGUUCGGAAAUUAUUGUCCACAUUAAAUUUUUAUUUUUAGUACAAAUUGAACUAAAGGUAAAAAAAUUCAAAUUAGACAAUAAUUUUUGGACAUAAAGAGUA